AUGGGGACUAUGGCGGGAGCCAUCGAUCUCUCCUUCUCCUCCUCCGCCUGCCUCGAGAUCUUCCGCCUCGAGUUCGCAUCCACCACCGCAUCCGCCGACAAUCCCGCCGCAUCUGCCGCCUCCUCCGGCGCUGGCGUCAGCCCGGCCGGAACCUUCGGAAACGCCGCUGACGUGUCACCGGACGAUUUUUUUGGCGGGCUGGGCAGCCCUGACCAAUCCGGAGGCAAGGCGGCUGGCGGAGUGCCGGGAAGCGCGGGAGCGGGGGGGGGGCGAUCGGAUCUGCCGUCGCUGGGGGCGGCGACGGCGAGCGAUCGGUUCAAUCGGCUGUCAUGGGGAUCGUGCGGCGUGGAGCAGUCGGAGGCAUUCAGCCACGGCAUCAUUGCGGGCGGACUCAUUGAUGGCACCGUCGCGCUCUGGAACCCCGCGCGGAUCAUUAGCGGCAAGACGGGCGAGGGAGAGGGAGCUCUCGUCGCCAAGAUGUCCAAGCACAAGGGCGCGGUGCGCGGGUUGGAGUUCAACCCAGCGGCGCCCAACCUGCUGGCGUCAGGCGCGGAGGACGGCGAGCUCUGCAUCUGGGACCUUGCCAACCCCUCCGCGCCCUCGCUCUACCCCUCGCUCAAGGGAGCGGGGGGAGGGCCACAGGGGGAGAUAUCGUGUCUGGCGUGGAACCGCAAGGUGCAGCACAUCGUUGCCACCACCUCCUACAGCGGCCUCUCCGUCGUCUGGGAUCUCCGCAAGCAAAAGCAGGUCAUCAGCUUCGCGGACCCAGUGAGCAGGAGGCGGUGCUCGUGUCUGCAGUGGAACCCCGAAAUCGCCACACAGCUCAUCGUUGCCUCUGAUGACGAUCGCUCGCCCUCCCUCCAGGUGUGGGAUCUGCGCAAUGCCAUGUCGCCAGUGAAAGAGCUCACCUCGCACACCAAAGGAGUGUUGGCCAUGGCGUGGUGUCCCAGUGACAGCGGGCUGCUGCUCUCAUGUGCCAAGGACAACCGCACUCUCUGCUGGGACACAUCUGUGGGCGAGGUGUUGUGUGAGCUACCGGCGGGCACCAACUGGAACUUCGACCUGCAGUGGUCGCCACGGGUGCCGGGGCUGCUCUCUGCCUCCUGCUUCGACGGCCAUGUCUCGCUCUACAACAUCGAGUCCGCCAGCAGCAAGGAGUCGGACUUUGGGGCGUCGCUUGCCAACAGAACGCCCAUGGCAACAUCCCGUGCGCCCAAGUGGUUGAAGCGCUCGUGCGGAGCAACCUUUGGCUUCGGCGGGCGGCUGCUGUGCUUUGGAAGCAAGGCGGGGCAGGCGGGAGCGCAGGUGGCGGUGCACAGUGUGGUCACGGAGGAGGCCGUGGUGGCCCGCGCUGACGAGUUUGAGGCUGCCGUGGCGGGCGGCGACCGGGAGAACCUCAAGGCGUUCUGCCAACACAAGGCGCAGCUCGCCACUGUGAUUCUUACACUACCCGUUACCCUCUUCCAUUACCCUCUCCCACUACCCUCUCCCACUACCCUCUCCCGCUACCCUCUCCCACUACCCUCUCCCACUACCCUCUCCCACUACCCUCUCCCACUACUCUUUCUCCCACCACUCUCUCUCCCACUACUCACUCUCCCACCACUCUCUCCUACUACUCUCUCUCUCCCUCCCCCCAGUGCCCCAGAGGACAGGGAGACGUGGGACUUCCUCACAGUCCUCUUUGAAGACGAUGCACGCCGCAAGCUGCUGGCACAUCUCGACUUCCCCCCCAUCCACAUCCCCAACCCCACCCUGCCCCCCGCCGAAGACCCUGCUGCCGCUGCAGCCGCUGCUGAAGCCGAAGCGGCAGCAGCAGAGACCGCGGCGGGAGGGGAGGCGGGAGCAGAAGCGGCGGCAGCAGGAGUGGGAGGUCUGUCUCUUGACGGUGCUGGUGGGGAAGGAGGGGGGGUUGUGGCGGGGGCAGGGCUGGAUGGAAUCCCGUCCGCCACGGGCGAUGUUGACUUCUUUGACAAUCUUGCUGGCAGCACCACUCCCGGCGCUACAGCCGCCGCCGCUGCAGCCGCAGCAGGGGGAGCAGAAGGAGAAGCUCCGGGGGAGAACGGGGAGAUCACUGGGGACGGAGCAGGGGAGGGGGACGCGGACGAGGAGGAGGAAGAGGAGGAAGACGGAGGGGAGGAGGGAGCGGGGGAGUGGGAGGGCGAGGUGCAGAGGGCGCUGGUGGUGGGGAACUAUGAGGCGGCGGUGGAGAGGUGUUUGGCGGCGGGCAGGGUGGCGGAUGCACUGGUGCUGGCAGCAGUGGCGGGGUUCAACUCGGACCUCUGGGCGCGCACCCAGCGCUGGUACCUCCGCCGCAACCGCCGCCGCUCUUUUCUCAAGCUACUGGGAGCGGUGGUGGCGAGUGACAUCCGAGGGCUCGUGGCGUCGCAGCCGCUCUCUGACUGGCGGGAAACACUCGCCAUGCUCUGCACUUACGCACCAAGCCACGAGUGGUCUGUGUUGUGUGACGAGCUGGCAGGACGGCUGGAAGCGGCGGGGCAGUGGCAGGCGGCAACGCUGUGCUUCAUGUGUGCGGGCUCCAUUGACCGAGUGGUGGACAUCUGGGCCUCCCGCCUGCAGCCCUCACAGGGGUCCCCGCCCCUGCCGCACCUGCAAGAUCUUAUCGAGAAGGCAGUGGUGCUGGGCUUGGCUACGGGACAAAGCAGAGUCGGCGGCAGGUGGGCGGCUUCGCUUGUCUCAGAGUACGCGACUGUACUGGCAGCGCAGGGCCGGGCGGCGGCGGCACAGCAUCUGUUGUCUCUUCUGCCGCCGUGGGAGGAGAGUGUGAAUGACCCGAGUGUGGCGGAGGCGGCCACGGCUGCUGCUGCCUUGAAGGAACGCAUCUACCGCAGCGGACUCGUUGCCGUGGACCCCUCACAGCCCGCCCCGCCCUUUCCCUUCACGCCCGUCGAUGUGCCUCUUGGCUCCACCACCACCACCACCGCUGCUGCUGCUGCCAAGCCAUAUGCCGCACAGCAAUCAGCUUAUGCUGCUGCUGCGCCUGCCCAGCCUUCCUACUAUCAGUCACCGGCACCUGCCCAGGCUGCCCCACUGCAGCCCCAGCAGCCGAUCGCUCACACCCCACCUCGCCCGCAGCAGCAGCAGCAGCAGCAUCAGCCCCAGCAACGGCAUCCGCAAACCACCUACGCAUCGACAUAUCAGCCCCAGCCCGUUGCUCCUCCUGCUCAGUCCUAUGCACAGCAGCAGCAACAGCAGCAGCAGCAGCAACAGCAGUAUCAACAGCAACAGCAGCAGCAGCAGGUGCAGCAGCAGCAGUACCAACAGCAGCAGCAGCAGCAGCAGCAGCAGCAGCAGCAGCAAGGAGCAAGGCCACACAUGUUUAUGCCCACUGCACCGCCCCCGGGUGUGACCAUGCCUCAGCAUCCUCCUCCCAUGCAACCCAUGCAGCCCAUGCCAGCAGGUCACGCCGCAGCAGGCGCACAGCCGUCCUUCAUGCCUGUUGCUCCCCCUCCUGUGGCCGCCGCCCCUCCAUCCGCCCAUCACAUUCCCUCCGGCCCUCCACCGGGGAUGAUGAUGCCCACGCAGCCGCCACCAGCAGCACGGGCAGCACAGGGACCCCGUCCAGUGGCCUUCACCCCUGUAGCUCCCCCUCCCGCCCACCGCAUGCCCACCGGUCCCCCUCCCGGCAUGGCCCCCACCGCCCCUCCCCCCGGGGUCUUCCCCCCUGGCGCGCCCCCCCCUGGGGUGCUUCCCCCCGGAGUUCCCCCUCCUGGCGCUGCCCCCAUGAUGCGCCCCACUGGUCCCCCUCCCGGCGUGCGUCCCCCUGGUGCUGCUGCUGUGGGUGCGCCUGGGGCUGUUGCUCCUCCUGCUGCAGCUGCACCCGCCCCCGCUGCUCCCGAGGCUGCACCGCCCGCCCCGCCGCCCACGGUGCAAACAGCCGACACUUCCAACGUGGCCCCUGAGCUGCGCCCGGUGGCAGGCACGCUGGGGAGGGUGUUCAAGGAGGCGGCAGCGGCGGUGGCGGCGCAGGGAAAUGCAGGCAAGAAGAGGGAGAUGGACGCCAACAGCAAGAAGCUCGGCCUGCUGCUGCAGCGCCUCAACCAGUGCGAUGUGUCGCCCUCCGUAGCUGGCAAGCUGGGGCCGCUAUGUGCUGCUCUGGAUGCCGGGGACUAUGCCACUGCUCUGCACAUCCAGGUGGAUCUGACGACCAAGGACUGGGAGGAGUGUGGCGUGUGGCUGACAGCGCUCAAGAGUGUCAUCAAGACGAGACAACAGCUCGGAUGA